GUAAGAAACAAAGUAUUAGAAUAGAAAAUAUGAAUAUGCAUCUGUAAAAGGCUCAUCUUUCAACCCAUCCCUUUCUCUCUCUCUAGAUCUCUCUCAAAACUACCGUUUUCUUCUCAUAAUCUGCAGUGUCCAUUUUCAGAAAUCUCUAUAUAACCUGUAACUUUUCAAUCUAUUCAAGCCAGGGAAAUUAAUUCUUUUCAAUCUUUCAUCUCAAUUAAUUCUCCCUCUACCAUUAACUUGUUUCAUUUGUGGAUUCUUAGUUCGCCAUCCAUGGAGGACAGGUAUGGCCUGUACAGCCAAGGUAGCAGUGGAUGGACAACCAUGAGGAAUGAAGAGUUUCAAGAAGAAGAUGUUUGGUCUGUUCGCAGUGAAAGAAAAGCUUUUAAUUCCAAGAUUGGUACAUCCAAGGAGUCCUCUUCCAUUACUUCAAAGCGCCUCCCUGCUGCUACGAGAAUGAUCCCCAGAAAUAACAAUAAUUCCACUGGUGACCCAAAAUUAGCUCAACAGUCAGCUCCUGUACACAUACCAGACUGGUCAAAGAUUUAUGGGAAGAGCUCAAAGGCCUCCAAGAAUGCUUCAUGGCUUCAUGAUGAUGAUGGGGAUGGAGGCAUAAGAGUUAGUAGCUGGGAUAGUGAUGAAGAUGAUGAUGGUGGUGAUGAUGGAGAUAUGAUGCCUCCACAUGAAUGGAUUGCUAAGAAGCUUGCAAGGACACAGAUAUCUUCAUUCUCUGUGUGUGAAGGUGUUGGGAGGACUCUCAAAGGGAGAGAUCUCAGUAGGGUAAGGAAUGCUGUGUUAACCAGAACAGGAUUUCUUGAAUAAUAAUGCACAUCAUUAUCAUUAUCAUGAUGGUGAUGACACAUCACCAGUAUGAUUGGUAAUGUGAUGUGUUGGAAUAUGGGUCCCCAUGCAACCAUGGUGGUAUUGUUUAAUGCAGUAUUGGGUAUAUUUGGUUUGUGAUUGAUCCUUUUGUCAGCUUAAAUUGUACCUAAGCUAUGCCAAAUUGUAUGUUGAAAUCUGUGCUCUUAGAAUCAGAAAAGAAACAAAAAAGAAGAAAAAUUUCUGCGUAGGAAUGUAUGGAUCCAUUUGACUGUAAAUAAGCAAGGAUUAGGA